CUUCUACCAGAGGCUGUAGGACAAUCAGUCACUCAGGAUGACACACCAGUCCCCUACACUCUCCGAGGCGCAGAAGAGGGAGCUACAUGAAAACGCUCUACGCAUAGUUUCUCCAGGGAAGGGCAUCCUGGCUGCAGAUGAGUCUGUGGGCAGCAUGGCUAAGCGACUGGCUCAGGUUGGAGUGGAGAACACAGAGGAGAACCGCAGACAGUACCGCCAAAUUCUCUUCAGUGCAGACGAUCGCAUCAACAGCUGCAUCGGAGGGGUCAUCUUCUUCCAUGAGACGCUGUACCAGCACUCUGAUAACGGCGUAGCCUUUGUCAAAAUGAUCAGGGACAGGGGCAUCCUGGUCGGCAUCAAGGUUGACAAGGGUGUUGUCCCCCUGGCAGGGACUUCUGGAGAGACCACCACACAGGGUCUAGAUGGACUGUCAGAGCGCUGUGCGCAGUAUAAAAAGGAUGGAGCCGUCUUUGCAAAGUGGCGCUGUGUGCUCAAAAUCAGUGACACCAAUCCAUCUAGACUGGCGAUCACAGAAAAUGCUAAUGUUCUUGCACGCUACUCCAGUAUCUGCCAGCAGCAUGGCAUCGUGCCCAUCAUAGAGCCGGAGAUUUUGCCCGAUGGCGAUCAUGACCUGAAACGCUCCCAGUACAUCACUGAGAAGGUUCUCGCUGCUGUGUACAAGGCCAUGUCGGACCACCACGUGUACCUGGAAGGAACUCUCCUCAAACCCAACAUGGUCACUGCUGGACACAGCUGCCCCACCAAGUACAGCCCUGAGGAAGUUGCUAUGGCAACCCUCACCGCUUUGCGCCGCACUGUUCCCCCAGCGGUCACAGGAGUGGCUUUUCUCUCAGGCGGUCAGAGCGAAGAGGAGGCCUCUGUCCACCUCAAUGCCAUCAACAACUGCCCUCUGCCCAAACCCUGGAUCCUGACGUUCUCCUUUGGUCGAGCACUGCAGGCGUCUGCACUCAGAGCUUGGAGAGGACAUAAAGAGAACGAGAAAGCCGCCACUGAGCAGUUCAUUAAGAGAGCAGAGGCGAACAGCCUGGCGUGUCAGGGGAAGUACCCUGGUGGUGACAACUAUGGUGACGUUGGCCAUCGCAGCUACGGUUCCUGUUAUGCAUACUGAGCAGUUUGAGAAGCCACAUUUUCAAUUAGCAUUGUGUUCUGCCGUCACCAUAACGAGGGUUAAUAAUUAUUAUUAGUUAUUUCAGAAUUCUGACACUCAUGAUGAUGUUACAUGAAAACAAGUGACAGCGUGUUUUCUUGCCUUGACAAAUGAGGACAAUCAGAACAUGGCCUUUGGUAUUUCUAACGCAUGUAUUGAAUGAAAGAUGUUUGCUUUACUUUUGUUAUGAAUGUACAAUACUCUCUUGUGACAGUGCCACACGCUUUAAAAUCCUGCAUCUGCCACUUAGCAUCACAAAUACUAAUUUGCCAUGUGCUGUUAGUUUGUAUCAGUAACAGUUAAUCAAACGUAGUGAAUGCCUGAUGUACAGUUGCCCACUUAUUACACGGAAGUAUCUUCAAGUUGUGCAAAGCUUCUCUGUGUCUGAGUGUGUGUAGUUUAGUUUUGUUAGUGACGAUGCACAAUUAGAAAAUAUUGCACCAGAAUUAGCUUCAAGCUGAUUUGCAUCUGCAGUACCUGGGCAGAAAGUACACGCAGUAACUUAUAACACAAUGUGAUUUUGUGGGUGUUGUCAUGAAUACUAUUCUCUAUUAGUCUGAUAAAAAUAGUUACAUGUAAGUAUAUAAACAAUAAAACUGU